AAAUUGGUUCUUAUGUAAAUAGCUUAUUGUGGUAAUUUAUGGCUCAAAGCAUAAUUGGUCAUGGGUCGGAGUGGAAUUUGUUAAUCUUAUUAUGACUGAACAUAUUAUUAGUCAUGUCUCACAGUGGAAUUUGUAAAAUUUAUUCGUUUUCUGAAUGUUUAGGUGCUGCUGUAUAGAUAGAAUCUAUGUAUUUUUGUAAUGUUAGUGUUAUUUGAAUGUAUCAACUUAAGCAGAAUGGAUAACUUAUUGUGCUAAAUUUAGCAUUUUUGUAAAAGAAAUGUGUAUUCUGGAGCUAUAAAUGACCUUAUGAUUCUUAGGAAUGGCAAGCCCGACAAAGGGAAAAGACAAAGGAGUUGCACCAGAGACGUAGAGAGGAAGAAGAAGAAGAGGAAAGAAAGAUUGAAGAAUAUCGUGAAAUUGGCACAAGGUUGAAGGGAUAUCCAGAAGAAGAUCUUAGAAAAGCCAGAAAAUUGGUUUCAAGUUUUAUUAGAGCUGCUGAAGAGGUGGAAGAGAAAAUAGAGGAAGCUGCAGAGAAAGGAGAACUCAAUGAACUUAUACUCAUGGUCAUUUGGAAUCGCCUUGAUCUUGCUCGACGUGAUGAUGAGAAAGAUGCUAUUAGAAGUCUUGAUCUUCUAUAUAGAAGGGUCGAGACUGAGAUUUUGAAACGGGAGGCUAGUCCUGCCAUGAGACUGCUCAAUGAUCUUUUGAAUAUGCAUGAUGGAUUUGAUGAUGAAGGGUGGUUGAAGGAGUGCAGAAAAAGCAUGAUUGAUACCUUUCCAAGGGAAGAUCCAUUUAGCAUUCUCGUGCCAUCCGGAUUUGACAUUGAUAAGCAUCAAGGACCACUGCGAUUGCCAGCUGAAGCUGAUGAUGCUCUCUUAAGGGUAGAUUUUGUUAGAGAGGUCGAUGCAUUGUUACAAGAGGUUCGGUUGGAAGAAAAUGAAUCACAGAGUGCAGGAGGACUUGAUCCUGAAUCUGUAGCAAGCAGGUUGAAGCAGCAAGAGAAGCAGCGGACAAUUCGUCAAGUGGAAGCAUUGCUGGAGCUGGCCAUUAAUUUGCAGUGGUAGCAUUUCCUUGUUUUCAUGGCACGGAGGGCCGACCGGUAGAAGUAUCUUCUGCAUUCUCAGGUCAAGUUUGCAGAUGUAUUCUGUAUAAUCCUGUCACGAAGAUUCGGGGUUUUUAAUCUAGUGGAGAUGACUAAUGUGGUAACAGUUGAGUUUUUGCGGGCCUGCAUUCAAGAGGCAGUGUUUUAAUUCUUAGGAUUUACAACUUUGGGGGAAUGUAGUAAAGCAGUGUUUUAAUUUAGUAAUUGAGUUGUAAAUUGAAAAUGCUCAUCAGUCAUAAACAUCAAUUCACUUACCAGUAGUUCUUGUCACAAUAUUAAAUCAGUUCUGUUAGUCGAA